AUGGAGAAUAAUGGAAGAGAUUCAUUGCCGACGCCCCAUGUCCUGGUUUUUGUUGGUCCAGGCCAAGGCCAUAUGAACCCUUUGCUCCAUUUUGCUAAGCGUCUAAUCUUCAAAGGCAUCAAAUCCACACUAGCUGUGACAGUCUUCAUUAGCAAAUCCAUGCAAUCAGAUGUUGGCUCAAUCCCAAUCGAGACGAUCUCCGAUGGCUUCGAUGAAGGUGGCUUUGACUCCGCCGGCGGUGCCGAGGCCUACAAUGAGCGAUUCAAGGAUGUGGGGUCGAGAACUCUAGCCGAGGUGAUUCAGAAGUAUGAAGGCUCUGAGUAUCCUUUCACUUGUCUUGUGUAUGACUCGUUUUUCCCUUGGGUCCUGGACGUAGCCAAGAGAUUUGGCUUGGAAGGAGCCUCUUUCGUCACUCAAUCCUGCGCUGUUUUCGCCAUCUACUAUCAUGUCCGACAGGAGUGUGUCACCAUCCCUUCAGCAGAGCAAGAUACAGUAGUGCUUCCUGGGCUGCCACCGCUUGGGGUGACGGAGUUCCCAUCUUUCAUUGUGGACAAAGAGUCUAACAAUUCAUACUUCUUCAGUAUGCUUUUGGGUCAAUUUUCUAAUUUGGAUAAAGUAGAUUGGGUCUUCAUCAACACUUUUCACGACCUGGAGAGUGAGGUGUUGAGUACCCUGGUGGGGCUCUGGCGGGUAAAGACGAUUGGCCCAUCUGUACCUUCAGUGUAUUUAAAUAAGAGUGUUGAUGGGGACACCGAUCUGAGUCUCCGGAAGGCGAACACUGAUGCUUAUCUAGGGUGGCUGGACACAAAAGAAGCAGGGUCCGUUGUGUUCAUAUCCUUCGGAAGUCUUGCAAAAUUGGGAGAGGAGCAGAUGGAGGAAGUAGCCAAGGGUCUGAGGGAAAGCAAAAGAAAUUUCUUAUGGGUAGUGAGAGAAAAGGAGAAAAGCAAGCUGCCAACGAAGUUCGAAGAGGAUACAUCAGAAUAUGGUUUGGUCGUGCCGUGGUGUUCCCAGUUGGAGGUGUUGAAUCAUCGAGCAGUUGGAUGCUUUGUGACACACUGUGGCUGGAAUUCGACGCUGGAGGCAUUGAGCUUAGGAGUUUCAAUGGUGGGAAUCCCACAGUGGUCGGACCAACCCACUAAUGCCAAGUGUGUGGAGAGUGUGUGGGAAGUGGGAGUACGAGCUAAGGUGGAUAUUGAGAAGGGGAUUGUGAGGGGGGAAGAAAUUGAACGAUGCCUCAAGGAAGUGAUGGAAGGAGUGAGAGGGGAAACUAUUAGGAAGAAUACAACAAGAUGGAAGGAGUUAGCUAAGAAAGCACUUGAUGCAGGUGGCAGUUCAGACAAGAACAUUGAAGAAUUUCUGGAUCACUUGUUUAAGCUCAAGAGGUCCUGA